AUGGCAAUGGAUACCAGUAGUGGUACCACACACCAAGAACGUUCCCGGUGCUGUUUCCAGGAAUGGAUGCAACUUCAGCGCCAAGACCUGACCCUCCUCCAAUCGCUUCACAAAAAACCAAAUCACAACGACCACGAAGAAAUCAAAACCCUCAUCUGCAGUUGCAUCGCUCAUUUCGAGGAUUACAUCUCCACUCGCAGCCGCUUGGCUCAGGAAGACCCAUCCACCUUCUUCGCGCCCACAUGGUGCACGUCCUUGGAGAAUUCCCUGUUGUGGAUCGCAGGGUGUCGCCCCACCAUUUUCAUACGCCUGGUGUACGCGCUGAGUGGGUGCGAGGUGGAGGCGCGCCUACGGAAGUGGAUGGAAGGCAUGAGGAAUAAUAAUGAUGAUCACAAUAAUAAUUUUAAUAGCAUUAGCAGUGGUAGUGAUAGUGUGGGGGAGCUGUCCCCGACCCAGAUGAAGCGGGUGGAUGAGCUGCACAUGAGGACCCUAAGAGCAGAGGAGAAACUGACGAGCGAGAUGGCGAGCUUACAGGAAGAGUUAGCGGACCAGCCGAUUGCGGUGAUCGCGAAUGAGAUGGAGGGGACUGGGGAGAUGAACGAGGAGGCGGAGAUGGCUCUGAAGGAGCAUGAGACGGCAAUGAGAGGGAUUAUGGAGAAGGCAGAUGAGUUGAGGCUCAACACUCUUAAGGAGUUAGCUUUGGAGAUUCUGAAGCCACCACAGGCCCUCCAGUUUCUGGCUGCCAGCAAGAAGCUUCAUCUCUGCCUACAUCAAUGGGGCAAAUGGAGAGAUGAGAAGCAUGGAAGAAGAUCAUAUUGUGACUAA